UCAUAGCCCACUUACACGACUCUGCUCCAUCACCGCUCCCACCCAACACCGCCCUAAACUAAGACGACUGCUCGCAGUCGACGCGUCGGCAGCUAGCAGGCACCCAGCAGUCCACGCGGCGACAACUAGCAGACAGCCAGCUGUCCACCCGCCGACCGCUUUCGCUUCUCGCGAUAAACACAGUUCGCGAUCGGUUUCCAUUGAAGCAACACGUAUUUUUUACUAUGUCCCGAUUUACAACCCGCGAGCUAGCAAUUAUUGCUAUUGCACUUGAGGAUGAAGAGAGAAGCGCAAGAAAUAACAGUCGAAGAUUUUGGGUACAUAAAAUGCUGAAAGCAAGGCGUGCAGAAGGAGAAUUUUGGCAGAUCCAGAGACACCUAUUAGAUGACGAAGAAAAGUUCUACAUUUACUUUCAUAUGAAUCGGUAUUUAUUUGACUACAUAUUAUCAUUUAUUGAAAAAGACAUAACAAAGAAGAAUACGAAAUUCAGACAAGCCAUAACACCAAUAGAAAAAAUUGCCGUCACGUUAAGAUACAUGAUCACGGGAAGUUCGGCAAGGACGUUGAGUUCAAGCUUUAGAUUAGGCGAAUCAACAAUCCGAUCAAUUAUACAAGAAGUAUGUAACGCAAUCAUAAACAAAUUAAUGGGAAUUUUCAUUCCAACACCAAUUGAAGAGCGGUGGAAAAGUAUAGCUGAAGGAUUUCAAGACAGAUGGAAUUUUCCAAAUUGCAUCGGCGCUAUAGAUGGGAAGCAUGUCAACAUCAUAGCACCUGCUAAUAGUGGUUCGCUGUAUUUUAAUUAUAAAAAACACUUUUCUGUUGUACUAAUGGCUGUGGUUGAUGAUAAAUAUAGAUUUAUAAUAGUUGAUAUAGGUGCUUUUGGUAGAAAUAGUGACGGUGGAAUAUUUGCAUCUUCGAAAUUAGCGAGACGUCUUGAAAGUAAUUCAUUACAUAUUCCAAACGAUAAACCACUACCUGGAAGUAACAGAGAUAUACCACAUGUUUUCAUAGGAGAUGAGGCGUUUCCUCUAAUGAAAAAUUUAAUGAGGCCAUACCCUCGUUGUCGUGGCUUAUCUGAAGCACAAACUACAUUCAAUGAACGUUUAUCACGAGCACGCAAAGUUGUGGAAGAUGCGUUUGGAAUAUUGUACCAGAAAUUUGGCAUUUAUAACAAAAGUAUUAAUAUGAACCCGAUACACGUUGACACAUUGAUACUAGCGACAUGUAUUUUACAUAAUAUUAUGCGAAGUUAUGAAAUAGAGUAUCUAAAUCAACAUGAGAUGCAGCAACCAAUACACCGCAACGAGAAUGGUUUCCUGCAACCUAUCCUACUAGAAAACGGAAUGAACAGUGCAGAAAAUGCUUUUAAUAUUCGAGACUUGUUUUCAUCUUACUUUCAAUCUCCUGAAGGGCAAGUUCCAUGGCUGCAUCAAAAUAUUUAAUAACGAGGCAAAAAUUGUUAGCAAUUUUUAUCCUACAUUUUAAAAAUAUAUUUUGUUUUAUGAAAAAUAAAUAACUUAUAGACUUCAACAAAAAGUUAUUAUUUCAACAUGUAGGUACUUUAGUUUUAUCAAUUCUUCUGGAGUUAGAAGCGGACAGACGGACUGAGAGAGACAGACAGAUAAGUAAGUAUUUCGAAAUCAAAAUUUUCGGUAUCAUAAUUUUAAGGUUAUGGAGUGAAAAUGUUUUUUAAAAAAUCAACCAUAAAACAAAUACUUUUUUAAUAUAGUGCAGAUUGUACGUAGAUAGGUACAUACCUGUUGAAGACAACGUUCUAGCAAUGGA